GCCACGCAAAGAGGAAAGGAGGCGAGGCAGUCGAAAGCGGCCGCGUUGACGGGGCUGGUCGAGUCGUGUGUUGUUUGUUGCGGACUGGACAGAAAAUAUGGCGUCGCUCAAGUUCACGCACGCAGUCGUGUGCCGCAUACCGCUGUCAUUCAGGACGCGAGCCGAGAUCGAGUUGGAAGAGGCGAGGCGGCAGCACGAGGCAUUCGUUCGCCUGCUGCGCGAAUUGGGUCUGGACGUUAUCGAACUGCCGCCCGAUGAAUCUCUCCCCGAGUGUGUUUUCGUCGAGGAUACCGCCGUGGUUUGCAACGGCCUGGCGCUUAUAGCGAAGCCUGGAGCGGCGACCCGCGCGAAAGAGGUACGUGCUAUUUUUAGAACUAACCCUCGUCUCAUUCCCGCCUCGUAAUUUCGUCCCGCAAUAUUUAUGUUCCUACCGUUAAAACUAAAUUUGGGUCACCAGGUUGACGUCAUUUUUACGGCACCGUGUCGUUGAUGCGUCUGUUUGUGCGCAUGGCAUUUGCUGUAGGCGCAGUUUGUACGCAGUAAACGAACUAGUUACCUGCCCGAGUUCCAGCCAGCGACGAAUGAUUAAAAAAACAAGCCGGUUUGAAUGACAUCAUUAUGAUGUCAUUUGCCGUUUUAGGAAACAUGUUUUCACGUGGUGUUUUUAAGUUGUCCGGUUGCAUUCUUGACAUUUUAGAUGCGUUGUUGUCUGUUGCAGGGUACAAUGAGCAGUGCUGUGACAUUUAAUUUAAUUAUUGCUGGUAGUUUGUAUUGUAAUUGAAGUACAAUGGCUUAGCAGUUGAAGUGAAUUCCAAGUUGUACCGUUCAUAAACAAUGUUACGCUUUUGUUGACUGUUUCAGUAACAAUUUUAAGUAGUAAAAGGACCGAGCUUUGCUGCAAAAUGCUGUUUUAUUUUACUUUAGCAGUUAUUUCUUAUGUAGCUUUAACAAUUAUACUCCAAGUUUGAUACUUUUUUUUUUUGCAUAAUACAUUAUGAAUGAAAGUAUUGACGAAUCGAUAUCAUGAUUGUAUUCCUUUGGCUUGCAACAGUGAUAAAUUCGACUAAACCAAUAAUAAUGUUUUGUGUAGCUUUCAAUCCUUUGUAUUAGGAAAUAAUGUUUUAAUAGAGAAAAAUUAAGUUUACUCUGUUUGCUUGUGCUAAGAUAAGCAAAGUAGUAAAAUCCAUUGAGAAUUAAACAAAUACAGUUGCUGACUAAACAACACCCAAAAACACUUUUGAAGGAUAAUAACUUAUUUUCUCUUUUACUUCCUAAUAUAUUUUCUAAUUCUUUAAAAUUCCAUUGCAAUAGUUUACCAAUAAUUUUCCUUUUUGAUGGGUUAGGUUAGCUACAUUAAGUAGUUGCUUAUUAAGUAUUAUGUAUUAAAUACAUUUUAUUAAUGUAGCUGACCUAACCCUUACCUACCUUUUUUUUGAAGAAUCUGUGACAGCACUAAACCAUGCUUAAAAAAAUUUCACCUUAAAAACAUAUAUUAAAGAAAACAAAAAACCAAUAGCUAUAAAAUAUGAAGAAACAUGAAAUAACUUGACUUUAAAACUUACUAGUGAUUGUCUUGUUUCAAAUAUUCAAAACUGCAGAAAUCAAUCCUUCAAAUAACAUGUUGCUGUUAUAGCUUUGUCAUUUUAAAGAAUGAUUAUAAAACAUGUCAGAAAGUUUAAAAAAAAAAAAAAAAAACACAUUUUCAGUUUUUUUUAUGUACCCUUCUCCCAGACAUUUACCCUAACCCAUGGACAGCAUUUCUUGGUAAAGGUGGAGACAAUCAGAGCAGUGCUGAAGAAGGAGCUGGACCUGCCGAUUGUCGAGAUUGCGGAUGAUACUGCAAAGCUUGAUGGGGGAGACGUCUUGUUCACAGGACGGGAGUUCUUUGUGGGGCUGUCGGAGUGGACAAACGAGGCGGGGGCGCGGGCGGUGGCGGCAGCCUUCCCAGAGUUCCCUUGCACGCCAGUCAAGGUGAGGCCUUGUGUAGAGCCAGAUGGCAGCCCCGAUCUCGAGACCCUACAGGUGACGGAGUCCAGGCACCUCAAGGCCAUGGUGACGAUGGCGGGGCCCGACGUCAUCUGCGUGGGAGCAGGGGCGGCCGCCCAGGAUGUGCUCAUGCGUAUAAAGCGUGAGGCGACGUUCAGCUACCAGACGCUCACGGUCCCCGAGGACAUCGCUGCGAACGUUCUCUACGUAAAUGGCACGCUCGUCCACCGCUCUCCGGACGAGGUGCCAGAGUCCUGCAAGGUAUUCGCAGAGAAGGUUGACUUUCCGCGGCGGACGCUCAACAUGUCUGAGCUGGCGAAGGCCGGCAGUGGCCUGACCUCGUGCUGCCUGCUGUUCCGACGAGUGCGCCACAUCCGCAGCCUGUGAGCGCCCAGGGAGGAACCCCUUCCCCCUCGCACCUCCGUCACCCGCGUGCUUUCCCGUGCUCCUGUUCUCGGCACGCACCUCGUCUCCAGGUCCGCACGAGCUUGGUAGAGCGGCAUUGUAUCAUCGUCGUCACUGUGUGUCUGCACGGAACUCUUUAAGGGCACCACUUACCCCUGAGUAAGAGAUCUCUGCAAAUACUGUAGCCAAUAUAAUCACCUCCGUGUAUAAAAGCUCAAUUUCGGUCACAAUGUUGAACAAAAAAUUCUUGUGAAGUUUAUUAGCAGCAACUGAAAAAAAAAACGGUUCAGUGACAUGCAGGAUGGACACCACACGUGUCUCCUGCUGAUGUUGUUGGUUCACCUGUGAUUCAGAACUCUGGCUUCUGAUUUUUUAUUGAUAGAGACAAGAUUAUAUGGUGAAAUACCAUUAAACCAAAUAACUUUGCAAAGCAUGUCAAAACACCAUAUAACACCAAAAUGCAAGUUAUUGCACCAUAAAGCAACCAAAUACAACUAAAAUCAUGAAAUUAAUCAUAAUUUUUAAUCAAAACUAAUUCAAAUCACAAUAAUGUAAUAUUUUAGUGUAUUAAAUUCAAUAAAUGUAAUUUAUCCAGCAUGUAGUUUGUACCAAAAUAGAUUGGAAAAAAAAUAUUUCUCUUUUUUUUUAUCUUGCAACCAUCAUUUGUAAUUCAUCUUUACAUUAGGACUUUGGUACAUUUUUUUAACAUACAAAUAAUUGCUGAUUUAUUUUUAUUGUUUUAUGUAUUUCUGUCCUAGACAUACUUAUUACAAAUUAUUAUAUAGUGCAAGUGCAUCAAAAGGUAUUGGUCAGAAUUGUGAAAUAAUUAUAAUAAAACAUUUAAAUAUCAUGUUUGUCAUUAAUUUUCUGUGUUUUUUGAGUAAACAGCAUUCAUAAAUAUAAAAACAAUAACACCGCCAUCUCCUGUUUAAAAAAUUAUAUUGCCCUAAACAUAAAACCAUAAAAUCUUGUCUCAAGUUAUUAGCUUGAAGAACUUCAUAAAUGAACUGGUCUAAUUGCAGGCACAGCAUAAAGGCAUGUAGUUUUAAUUAUAGCCUGUAGUGAAAUGAAUCAGGAAUAUUCGCAGUCUCUCUUUGUACCAUAAGUAGAGUUGUUCCAAUACCAUUUAUAUAAUGGUACCACUGAUUACCUUGUACCCCGGACAUUUUCUUUCUCAUUCAUAAUUUCAUUAACUUUUUUUUUCUGCCCGAUUGUAAUUUUAAAUACAGUUUAGAAUAACAGCAUAUCAACCUUGUUAUUUGGGAAUGGUGCUGUAGUACAAGAUUCCAAUGAAUAGAAAAUAAAGAUUUAAACCCCCCAAAUUUGUUCAAAUAUAUGCCAUAAAAAACUGCCUAGAAUUCAGGAAACUAAAGCGCUGGAGAAAAAUUGACAUGUGAAAUGUUUACCUAUCGUUCUUUCAUACUGAACUCUUCAAUUUACAAUUUUAAAGGUGUGAUAACAAAAGUUCAAAUUUGUUUAAAACAAAAAAAAAACUUUUUUGUGUUUUUCUAUUUUAAAAUCCAAUCAUUUCUUGGUAAUGUUCUAUUAUGGAAUGGCAUUAUUGACCAUAGAAAAAUAAAUACGGAGGUUUGCGGUCCACAUAGCCAACUCUGGACGUGAUGCUGCAGCUUGGAAAGCUUAUUCUGACGUGCAGUUGUACCACCUCUGUAUGUGAUUCAGCCACGAAUUCCUCCUCCUUCCAACAGACCUUUUCCCUUGUAUCUUCUCUUCAAUGAUGAGUUGCAAUAGCUGGUCUCUCGCCUGUCAUUAAAUUAAAAUGAAUGAUAUCUUUUCCAUUUUGCAAGGUUAGUACAUUAGUACUGAUAUAAGGAAUCAGUUAUUUUUUUAAUAUUUAAUAACUUUACUCCAAAGUAAACAUCAGGCAUAAAAAAAACAUUCGUUUUCUUUAAUUGGCAGCAACUAGGUUAAAUUUAUAGAGAAUGGAAGUAAUAGUGUUGACCAAUAAUUUUAUGUAGAAAAUUUCAAUAACCUACCACUAUAAUAAUUUAAAUUGAAAAUUACUAGACUAUUUAAAGUAUUUGUUUUAAAACUUUUUUUUUUUCAUUCAUUUAGUUAAUUAGUAGGUACCACUCAGUGUAUCAUCAAUUGAGUCUUGCUAGUAAUACAGUUACAACACCCACAUCAUUUGAAAUCAAUCAGGUAAAGUAACAACUCUAGCCAUUAGGAGAUCACUGAAAGCUAUAUAAAAUAAAUAAACAUAAAUUGUUUUUAAAAUAAAAGGGCUUUUAAUAUACUAGGAUAAGCAUCAUUUUUGCUAAUUUUAUUACAUUUUUCAUUUUAUAACUCCAUUUUCAUGAAUUAUAUUGGUGCUGGUAAUUGGUGUCCUUAAGGUGUAGUAAUAAUAAUUUGUAAGUAAAUGUAACUAAUCACAUUUGUGUAUGCCUUAACAAAACACUGUUAGCAUAAGCUUAGCAGAGCACGUACCUUUUAACGAGACUGUAUUUGCUGGUGUUCUGUGAUUUAAAUUCUUGUAUUAUCUGCUCACAGUGCAUUCCAGCUAAUUUUUACAUUUUCUGACAGUCAAUCUUGUCAUAAACUGCUCAAGAUUCAGCUGUAACGGAGCUUGUCUUACCACUGUUGCAACUGAUGACAUAUUAGAAGUAGUUCCAUGUUUUAUUAAUGCCUUCGUGACUGAAAGAAAACAUUUGGCAUAAUUUCAAAAAUGUUCUGUUUAGCUGGAAUGCUUUAUAGGUUGGUGGAUGCUACAGUGAAGUGUGUGUGUAUUUGUUUGUAUGUGCAAAAGCCAACAAGCAUUAGUGCCAUUAAGGCAGGUAAUUCUGUAACAAUUGGUGAUUUUCAGCAACUCUUCAUUAAUGAAAGAAUUAUUUUGCAGUUCCAUGUUUUGUUAUGAUUAAGCAAUCUGUACUCUGUUUUUCCAUUAAGGCAUUGUGUUAGUGGUGUUUGCUGUAUCAACUUGCAUUUCCAGACUACAAAUUACACCAUUAUUGCUAUUUGUCUUGCCAUUUGAGUGUAUUAUUUUUGUGUGUACUAUUAAACUUUUAAAUAAGAAAUAAUAUAAAUUUAAGUUACAAAACCUGAAGUCAUUUUCUUGGUACUAUAGUGCCUUGUAAAGGCUUGAAAUAAGAGUACGUGUUUCGAAUAUUACAAAUUUACAAGAACAUUCUCUUAUUGAAGUUGUAUGAAAGGCACAAUUAUUACAGACUAUAUCUCUUCAAUGGGUAAAAUAAACACCACCAAUUAAGUAUUUAAUAUCUAUGUUCUAUGUUGUGCUAGAAAAAAUAUUUGAACAUGAAGGUGCUACUGUAAAACAAAAGUUUACAAAAUCUAACUUAGAUUAAUAAGGUUUACAGCUUAAGUUUUUUUUUAUUCUAGAACUGGGUGUAAACCACUUCAGCUACUUUAAUGAUAAAAACAUGUUUUUUGUGGGUGCAUUCAAUAAUAUUUAUUAAAUUUUGUGAUAGCCCUUCAGAUACCUAAAAUAUUGAUAACGUUGCAGUAGUAUAUUACCAUAUUGAUUGAAGAACCUUAUAUUAUUAAGGUUAUUAUAAUGAAUUGGUCAUGCUCCAAGCUGAAAAAUGUUCAUAUCAUCUUGUAGUUGUACAAAUUAACUCUUCUAGUAAUGAUCUGAUUAAGCAGUGCACCAAUUUAUCUUUUUUCAUUGUGUAAUUAUUUGCUGAUAAGAUCGUUGGCCAGUGUGAAGCAAGACUGAUAGGUUGCAGCUGAUGUGUUCAUUGCAGUUUGUUUUAUGCAGUAGAAAUUGCAGUCAGUGUGGCUUAGCCUUACUUGCGAGCAACAAACACAUUUUUGAAACUCCUGACAUGUGUACAGUUGUACAUUCUGUUGAUUAAUUUAAUUGUUACGCUAUUAAAUAAUGAUUAUCAUGAGCAUAAAAUAUGCUAAUGGCAUAUUAUUUGAGGUAAUCUUUUCAUUACUGAUAUGAUUAUCAGUGUGAAAUGUGCAUUUUAAUGUGUUACUGUAUAAUAAUUAUUUUUUUUUUUUUUACCACCAGUAGGUUGGUUAUGUUGUUUACAUAUUCUUUUAAGUAUAGAUUUAUUUUUGUAACUAGUAGUUGUAUUACCUUGUGUUAUUAGUAUAUUUUUAUACGUGGUUUUCAUGAAAUGAAAGUGAUUAAAAAAAUCAAUGUUUGUUUGGUGCAAAUGGCUCCAGAAACUUAACUUAAUAUUAUCAUCUGCAUAAAUGAUAAACUUAUCAUCAAAUGAAAUUUUUUUUAGUAUACAAAUAUGAUUUUUGACAUUUGUAAAAAAAGUAUCCUGUAAGGUGCACAUUAAACAUUUCUAAAUGUUGAGGAAGAAGCCACUACUGUAAUUUAAAUGUUGCUAAAUAAAUGCAAUACACUGCCAUAAACUGAUUUCAAUGUGAUAAAAUUAUUUUUAAACAAUAUUUUCCUUUAGCUUUGGUUUCUUGUUAACCUGAUUUCAAAAAUCUAAGGUUAAGCAAUGGCAGGUAACUUUGUACUAUGUAUUUUGUGAAUUUCAAUGUUUGUAAUUUAACGUGUUGAAUUUUCUUACUAUAGGGGCUGGUGCAGCAUAAUUUUUUCAUACCUAAUUUUAGAACAUAUUAUAAUAUCAUUCUGGUGUUUUAUUUUAUUGUACAAGUACACGAGUUAAUCUUCUUUUCGGACAUACUGCUAAUCACUAUUAUGCACUUGCCUGCUUAAGAUCAGUUAUUUACAGCUUCGUCGGUGUAAACUUACUAUACUCUCAUUUUUCAUAGUUUUUGGUCAAGUUAGGGAGAUUAAGGGAAGAAAGGGGUCUUCGUAACAUGUUGCCAAUUUUUCUUAAUUAACACUUGGUAAAAUAUACUAAAUGAGCAACUUAAAUCAAUAUUUCUGGUCAUAACUUGUGUGAACAGGUAAAAUUGUAAAUGUGUAAAAUUGGUCUGUCAGUUUCAUUUUUUUUUUCUGCCAAGGUAAUGUCAUGUAAAAAUAAGCUGCACAAGCUUAGUCUGUACCAGCCCAAACAGAUUUUCCUGAUAUUGAUUUUCAAACUGUUUAAAAAUAAUGAUUGGUGAAUUUUUUCUUAUAGUUGAUUUGGAAAUAUUUUUAGGUUUAAAUUAUUUUGCUGGAAAUGAAUCAAACAAAAAUAUAGAUGCUUUCUGUGAGAUUUUUAUUUUAGUAUUUUUUUACACUUGCCAGUAAUAAUCAUGCAUAGUUUGUUAUAACUUAGCCUGUGUGAUGGAGGUUAGAGAUGUUACGUGUAAUCAUACUAUGGGUUCUUAUAUUUAAUUUUUAAUGUCAUUGUAUGGACACAUUUUUUUACAUGAUGCACUCUGCUUUUUAUUGCUUUUUUGUUGUACUGUUAAAAUACUGUUCAAAAAUGGCUGUAAAAUAAAAUGUUGGAAAAAAUUAA